AUGGAAGAUAGCCAUCAUUUGUUUCGAUACUGUUCUCUAGCGAAGGCAGUUUGGGAUAGUAGUUCCCUGACGGUUUGCUAUGAUCUCCCUGGACUCCACUCUUUUCAAAGUUGGAUCCAGCAUUUUAUCCUGCUCUUUUAUAGCAAGGAUGGUAAACGUAGUAAUCGAAUUACCAAGUUUAUUGCUACUCUUUGGGGUAUAUGGACAGCCAGAAAUGGGAAGAUUUUUCAGGAUUCUGAGAUUACUUUGGCAUAUGUCAAAGAAUUGGUCAACAUAGCUAUUAAGGAUCACGAGUCUUUCACGAAGGAUGUAAGGAGUGAGUGUACAAGUGUAACAGAGGAGAGCAUCGACCCCGCUCUCCCGCCGGGGUUCAACCUUGUCCAAUUAGGAAGACAGAAGACCGAUUUUGCCAAAUUGGUUCUACAGGUUGAUGGUUCAUGGGAGAAAGCUUCUACUAGAGCGGGAAUAGGAUGGGUUGCUUCGGGUCCAGUUUUAUUUAGUAAUAAUAGGGGAGGAGGCAAAUUUGGGACGGCUACGUCGGCGCUACAGUGUGAGACUUGGGCUUGUCUCGAAGCACUAAAAUGGACUAAAAGCCAAGGUUAUGAGGAAGUCCUCAUACUCUCAGAUUCUGCCUUGCUGCUGGAGAACCUUAAGGAUAGCCGAGGACACGACAUUUCGAUCGCUUGGAUGCUUGAUGAAAUUAGAUCAGUGGCAGCUUUUUUCAGGAAAUGUUCGGUCAUUAAGGUCAUGAGAGAUCAAGUGCAAUUGGCUAAUGAUAUUGCAAAGAAUUGCCGUAGCACCCUCUCUAAUUUAAUUAUGUAG